AGUAUUAUUGAUUCGGAAAAUAUGAUUUCUGCAGAAGAAUUGGAAUUUGAAAAGGAACUCAUCCAGAACAUCAAGGAACAUCCCUGUUUGUAUGACAAGGACAAUGCAAGCUUUCAGGAUGUUAAAUAUAAGAAUGAAAAGUGGAAAAUUGUGGGAGAAAAUUGCAAAAAAGACAAGACUGAAUGCAAAACGAAAUUCCUGCACCUCAUGAGACUAUUUAAGCCGCUUUUUGAAGAUGUUCUCAAUGAAAAAAUAACUCCAGAAAUGGCACAAAGCAUUUUUCCGCACUACAACUCGAUGAGCUAUGCCAAGGCCUUUAUGUAUUCCCAGGAUUCGCAGGAUGAAUCGGAAACCAGCAAUAGCACAACUCCGUCCCUUCCGGAAGCUCCUGUAUCGAGACCUCCUGUCUUCUACUCAAUUUCUCUAUUCGAUAAGAACUCUCCUGAAUUGUCAGCUGCUCCUGAUCCCCCAAUUUUCCCAUCACGCAAUCAUUCUCGAACAGUUUUUAGCUUUGCAACAAAUGCUACUCCAGCUCCAGCUACUCCCAGUCCAGCUCCAGUUACGCCCAGUCCGGUUCCAGUUACUCCCAGUCCCAUUCCAGUUACGCCCAGUUCAGCUCCAGUUACUUUCAGUCCGGUUCCAGUUACUCCCAGUCCGGUUUCAAUUACGCCGAGUCCGGUUCCAGUUACUCCCAGUCCAGCUCCAGCUACUCCCAGUCCGGUUCCAGUUACGCCCAGUUCAGAUCCAGUUACUUUCAGUCCAGCUCCAGUUACUCUCAGUCCAACUCCAACUAUUCCCAGUCCCCAAACUAAUUCAAACGUCUCUUCACAACCUUUCUUUAAAUCGGUAGAAGCACGUCCAGCUCCUUCGGUUCCUUGUCAUCCACCUCCUUCACAGAAGCCUCCAGUCCCUCCAGCCAAUGACCCGGACAAAUCCCAUAUCGAUUUCUUCUUCAAAGGCGUUUGUGAGCAAGUCAAAAGGGCAGAUUUGUCCAGCACAGAAUUUCUUGAAUUUCAAAAGACUGUCCUCAAUAUCUUGGCAUCGAGGAUGCCAAUCUCACAGUAAACAAUUGAAACUUUCUUGUCCCAAGAGAAAUGGAUUAUUAAUAAAAUAAUAAAAUAUUAAA